AUGCUGCGUUCAGCAGCGACGGGCGGCACGGUGGGCCUGCCGCCGCCACCACACGCGCGCCUCUCGCUUUUCGAUUCCUGCCAUCGCAAGAUCCGGCUCAUCGGCGGCGGACCAGUCGCCUUCCUCGGAGGACUUGUCGCGAAGGCGCGGCGCAAGGAGCGCGAGGGCGAGCCGGCCGGCGACCCCAAGCUAUACCUGCAGGAGGCGUUGCUGGAGCGCAAGCUGCCCGAGCUGGACAUGCGCCAGCUGGUGGACCUGCCGCACGGCCUCGACUACAACGAGUGGCUCGCCUCGCACACGCUGGCGCUGUUCGACCACGUGAACCUGGUGUAUGGCACGGUGUCGGAGUUCUGCACAGCGGCGUCGUGUCCCGAGAUGACGGGCCCCGGCGGCCGCGUGUACGCCUGGUACGACGAGCGCGGCAAGAAGACGCGCGUCGCGGCGCCGCAGUACGUGGACUACGUCAUGACAUACACGCAGAAGACGGUCAACGACGAGACCAUCUUCCCUACUAAAUAUGCGAACGAGUUUCCCGCGCAGUUCUCGGUGGUGGUGCGGCGCGUGGUGCGGCUGCUGUUCCACGUGGUGGCGCACCUGUACGCGGCGCACUUCCGCGAGCUGGCGCUGCUGCGCCUGCACGCGCACCUGCACCUCACCUUCGCGCACCUCACCGCGCUCGACCGCCGCUUCGCGCUGCUCGACCACAAGGAGACCGAGGUCCUCCGCGACCUGGAGGUGGCGCUGCGGCUGACCGAGCCGGCGGGGACUGUGGCGGCGGCGGGGGCGGCGGGGGCGGCGGGGGCGGCGGCGGGCGCGGGCGAGUGCGAGGAGGCGUCGCCGCGGAGGCGCUCGCCCGUGGUGACGCAGCCGCUGGGCUCCGCGUGA